AAUUACAAAAGAGAUAUUCCCAUAUAUUGAAGAAAUUUUCCAUGGCAAAAGCAGCUAAACAUCUCACAGAUAAGACAUAAAUUGGAAUAAACAGCUGUCAGCGUUAAAUAAAUAUCCUGGAUAAUGUGCAGGACAGAAAUAACUACAGCAUCACAAAACUCCUUUCUUCACUUUAUUUAGCUGUUCUUGCAUGUAGUUCCCAAUCUUUGCACUGCUUUGGUUAGUGCAGCAUUUAUUUUUGAAUCAGCUGCAUUUGUUAAGACUCUAACGACGAAAGGCAUUUCCUGAGAAGCUGCAAGGAUGAGCAGCAAGAAAGAAGAGCAGCUAAGGAAAUACGGGACCAUAGUAGUGCUUUUUAUCUUCCAAGUUCAGAUUUUUGGUUUUGAUGUUGACAAUCGACCCACAACAGAUGUCUGCUCGACACACACAAUUUUACCUGGACCAAAAGGGGAGGAAGGUGAAAAAGGAGAUAGAGGAGAAGUGGGCAAACAAGGCAAAGUUGGACCAAAAGGACCUAAAGGAAACAAAGGACCAGUGGGGGAUGUUGGUGACCAGGGAAUGCUUGGGAAAAUUGGCCCAAUUGGUGGAAAGGGUGACAAAGGAGCCAAAGGCUUAUCAGGCGUGUCUGGAAAAAAGGGGAAAGCAGGCACCGUCUGUGACUGUGGAAGAUAUCGCAGAGUUGUUGGACAAUUGAAUAUCAAUGUUGCUCGUCUUAACACGUCCAUCAAGUUUCUAAAGAAUGUUAUAGCAGGCAUCAGGGAGACAGAUGAGAAAUUCUAUUACAUUGUGAAAGAAGAGAAGAACUACAGAGAAGCCGUGAUCCACUGCAGGGACAGAGGAGGAACAUUGGCCAUGCCUAAAGAUGAGGCAACCAAUGCCCUGAUUGCUGACUACAUCUCUGACAGCGGCCUCUUCCGAGCCUUCAUUGGGCUCAACGACAUGGAAAAAGAAGGACAGUUUGUGUAUGCAGACAACACCCCGCUGCAGAACUACAGCAAUUGGAAGCAAGGAGAGCCUCACGACCCCACUGGCCGCGAGGAUUGUGUGGAAAUGCUCAGUACGGGAGAGUGGAACGACUCCGAGUGCCAAGUCACCAUCUUCUUCGUCUGUGAAUUCCUCAAGAAGAGGAAAUAA